AUGAGGAGGAUCGAAGAUUGCGGGAAGCAGCCAUUGAGCACCGAAAGAAGGCGCAAGACGAGAGGGCUGCAACCACGUAGCCACGCGGAGCAGUGGGAGGCCGAUGUGGCUGAGAAGUGGGCUGAAAACAGCCUGCAGCGGGAGAAGGAGUAUGUGAGCAGUGUGAGGGAUGCAGCCGAGAAGAGAGCAGCCACCAUCCAUGGUGUGACCGGGGAUCGUGUUCAGAAGAGCCAGGAGCUCCUUUCGGCUUCCAAGCAGCAAGAGCAAGCUGUGAAGCUGCACUUUCACAGACAGCUGGAGACGAAGGCGCUACACCUGCGUGUCAGAUGCCUGGAAGCACUCGUGGCAGCCCAGGCUUCCGAGAUUGCGCGACUCACCCAGGAGCUCUCUGACUUCGGCAUGCCAGGGCGGGCCCGCAGUCGAACCCCAGCGAGGGGUCGAACGGCGCGUUUGAGCCCGCCUCCCGAAGAAGAGCCGAGAACACCCACGAAGCGAGGGCGGCCUCAGCUCACCGAAGAUGCCCCGACGGCGCACAAGACCCGUCGCCUAUGCACUUCGGAUGAUGGCAACGCGUCACAGAAUGGGAAGGAGCGAGAAGCUGCCGUGGCCGCAGCCAAGCUCCCUGCCGCCAAGGCCGCAGCCACGCAGAUCACGGACUUCAUCGUGGAUCCAUGCGCGCUGGAGCAUGGCAGCGGCACUGGCCCCAUGCAGAGUGCAGUGUCCGAGUCUGGGCUUGCAGAAGCCACAUUUAGCAGCGGCACAGCCGGUGAAGUUGCCAGCGAGACCGCGACGUCUCAGGACAAAAGCUCCCAGGGGUCCCAGAACCUUCCGGCGCUGCUUCUGAACAAGGUGGCCGGGGUGGGUCGGGCUUCGGCCAAAGCGGACGAGGCAAAGCCGGAGACGGAGAUGCAGGAGGUGACCGGUGAGGUCGCCGAGACCUGCGCCGAGCUGACGACUGCGACGCCUCCGACUGUGGAACUCAAGGAGGUGGCUCUGGAGUCAACGCCACGUGACGCCGCACCGAACAUCCUGGUGCCCGCUGCAGACCUUGAGGUUCAAAGCGCCCCUGCGCUCGACAGCGAGACGGCUGUGCACAUGGAGGCAGACCAGCCAGCCGUCGGCCGUAGCCCUGGCCGUGGGCCGCCCUUGGACCUUACAGGUCUGGUCAGCACGCUGUUUGAGCGCGCUGGCCACAUCCCUUCGUUCGCCGAAUGGAUGAUGGCGAAGGAGAUGCUGGAGCGCGCGACCCACGACCAAAGCAUGCUCGAGGCGCAGUUCGACGAGCUUCUGGUCGAUCUGCGCCUGAGCAUGCGCGAGCGGCAGGAAGCAGAGGCGGCUGAGGAAGCCAGCGCCAAGCAGGCAGCCGCUGCUGCAGCGGAUGUGGUGGAAGCAAAGAACGUUCCACCAGCCGCGGUGGUGAGAGCACGUCCAGCUGAG